ACUCUCGCGCAUUCUUUUCUUCUUGUCGCUUAUAAACAACAAAGUAACACACACACAUACAUACGGUUGAUUAACAAACGUUUUGCCCGGCAAUAUUUGCAACUAAAUUAAUUAAAAUUUAACUGCACGGUCAGAAAAAAGCUUCUGGACGAACAUUAUAGUUGCAAUACGUACAUUGAAGUUUUUGGAAAUAAAAAAAUAUUCUAUUGUGAUACGUUGGAUUAGUGAAUAUAUAACAAAAAUGCUAGAAGGUAACGAAGAUGCUGGACCAUCAAAAAAACCAAGAUAUACUGUUUACUUGGAUAGAUGGCAUGUGGCACCAGAAUAUUCCAAUUGGAUACAAAAGAAAGAUCAAUACACUGCAUUGUGUAAAUUAUGUCAGACAGAAAUUUCAAUAAAAUAUGAAGGGAGCUGGGCAUUAAAUAGACAUAUGAAAACUAAAAAACAUGCCAAAAUCGUAUUGUCGCAAAAAAUGUCCCGGAGCAUUUCGAAUUUCACUGUUUCAGCAGAAACUACAAUUGAAACACAAAUUGCACGGGCUGAACUAUUAUGUGUAUUUCAUAACGUAUUACACGGCCUCAGCUAUAACAGCUUAGAUUGCCAAAUGAAAAUGAGUUCUACUAUAUACUCCGACAGUAAAAUUGCCAACAAAAUAACAUGUGGACGUACAAAAUCAGCAGCUAUAACAAGAAAUGUUUUGGGUCCAUAUUCGCAAGAGAAAGUUGCUAAAGCCUUAAAAGAAUGUUGGUAUUAUUCCGUAAGUAGCGAUGCUUCAAAUAUCGGCAACGUAAAAACCUAUCCGUAUGCUGUACAAUAUUUUGAUCCCGAAACUGGGAUACGUAAACAAAUUUUAGAUUUUUACGAAGAUCCUGAUGAAGCAUCUAAGGAUAUAUUUGGUAAUAUUAUUAGAAUUACAAAUGUUAAUAAAUUAAAAAUUGAACAAAUUACAUCGUAUAGUGCUGAUAACGCAAAUGUUAAUUACGGUUUAUAUAAUUCU